AUGGGGCAGGGCGCUUCGCGCCGUGAUGGGCGGCAGCACGAAGCAGCACGCGGCGGCAGCCAUGGCGGGAUCCUAACGGGCUGCGACGUGCUGCGCGCCGAGUCGUUCGCGCGGCUGCGAGGGAGCAAGGUGGGUGGGGGAUGGGGAAGGGUGGGUUUGUGCACUGUACGCGUUAUAAGGCGCUAUGUCGGACUGAUUGCUCCUGUUCCCCCUUACCUCCCCUUCCCUCCCCUUCUCUCCGCCACCCCCUUCCCUCCCCAUCACUUUUCUCCCCCAUCCCCUUCCUUCAGUUCACCCUUCCUUCCCCAUCUGGUCUGGCAGGCAGGUCGGGCUGAUUGCCAAUGCCACAUCUGUGCCUCGAGAUCUCACCGCUUCCCUCCCCCAUGCGCUGCCUUCACCCAUCCCUUCCUUCCUCUGUCUCCCCCCCCCCCCCGCUUCACCGUCUCAACUCAACAGGUCUGGCAGGUCGGACUGAUUGCAAUGCCACGUCUGUGCCUCGAGAUCUCACCGCCUCCUUCCCUCCCCCCCCACCUUCUCCCUGUCCCUCUUCGCUCCCCUUCCUUUACCCUCCCCCUCAUCAUCU